AUGAGAAUCGCCGGAGACCUCGCCCGAGGGGCCAGCAUCUUUGCUCUACUUGCCGUGGCAGACGCAGCACUCCAACCCAGCGGGAGCAAAUCGCUGGAAGCCGCCUCAGACUGCCCAUCCUGGAACGGAACCUUGAAAGCCACCUCCUUCGGUCUGACUUGCCCCAGCACGGCAGCUGGUGAUGACAUCGGUGAAGAUUGUCUGACUGUGAACAUCUGGAGCCCGGCCACCUCAGCUGAUGCCAAACUGCCCGUCAUGUUCUGGUCGUAUGCCGCUGGUUCGGGAUCCUCUGCGUCGGUCUAUGUUGGUGGUGGUAUGGCUGGGAAAGAUAUUGUCUUCGUUAGCUACAACUACCGUGUUGGAGCCCUUGACUGGCUCACUUUGUCCGAACUGGAGGAAGAAACUGGCGUGACGGGCAACUAUAUCCUAUUGGAUUCAAUCGCAGCUUUGAAGUGGGUCCAUGAAAACAUUGCCGCUUUUGGUGGUGACCCUGAUGCAAUCACUGCAGCUGGCCAGUCAUUUGGUGCCGGAAUGAGCUACCAUCUUCUUAACAGCCACCUGUCCAAGGGCCUCAUCAAGGGAGCUAUCGCAGAGAGUGGUAUUAAGGACCCAUAUGAUCCGAACCUGUACGGAUAUGGCAGCGACUACCACAACAUGAGCACUUUGCUCGAGUUCAGCAACACAUUUGUUGACUCAUUGAACAUCUCGAGCCUGGCCGAGCUAAGAGCAUACAUUGUGAGCCUAGAGGAGGGUGCGCCAAAUAACGUCCCAGUCCUAGUUGGUAACGCCGCAGCUGAGAAUGGAAUCGAUCUCUCCACCACAUAUAAUGUAUCAGCGUACGAGGAGGCAAUCAAGUCUCUGUAUGGAAAAUACGCUAACGAGCUCCUGGAUCUCUACUUGGCCAACACCACAGCCGAGGCCACGAAUGCAUACAAUGAGAUUUUGCGUGCCGGAUUCUGUACCUCCACCUGGUCCUACGCUGACCGAUGGAGCAAAACCUCCGACAAGGAUAUUUAUUACUACUUGUGGACCUACUCGCCCUCGAGCGGCAGCGGCCCCACUCAUGGCUCAGAGGUUGUGUUUGCAUUGGAUAACUUGUAUGCUCAGUCGUCAACCUACAAUCAGACUGACUAUGAGGUUGCAGCGAAGAUGUCGGCCUACUGGGCGAACUAUGUCAAGACUCAGAAUCCUAACAAGGGAGGCUCGGCCACUGAAACAUUGCCCUACUGGGCCCCUGAUAUUCCCUCGGAAAAUAAUCAGUUCGAGUUGGGCAACCUCUGGAAGAAGAUUCCCAUUACUCCUUUCGCCACGGAGAAGAACAUCUUCCUGGACUUCUGGCAGUGGGCGAUUCCUGACCCGUUCUAA